ACGGCCCAUUGAAUCGGUUUUCUCUUUUUACGCAUUCGAGAGGAAGCAGGACGGGAUGACGCCCACGCGCCACGAAUUGGCUGAGCCCGGUCCGCAGUCGAGCGAUAACAAGAAAAGUUUGAAAGAUGAAAUUGAAUCAAUUUUGCGGGAGCGCAUUAUGGUUUUGGAUGGAGGCAUGGGGACCAUGAUCCAGCAGUACAACUUGAUGGAAGAGGCAUUUCGAGGUCAAGAAUUUAAGGAUCAUCCCAAGCCCCUGAAAGGAAACAAUGACCUCUUGAGUAUAACUCAAUCUGAUAUCAUUUGCAAAAUUCAUAAGGAAUAUUUGUUGUCUGGUGCUGACAUCAUUGAAACAAACACUUUCAGUAGCACCAGAAUAGCACAAGCUGACUAUGGCCUUGAGCAUCUGGCUUAUCGAUUAAAUAAAAUGUCAGCACAAAUAGCCCAAAAAGCAGCCAAUGAUAUUACUGCACAGACAGGAAGUAAAAGAUAUGUUGCUGGGGCAAUGGGUCCUACAAACAAGACUCUUUCAGUGUCCCCUUCAGUGGAGAAGCCAGAUUACAGGAAUGUUAAUUUUGAUGAACUGGUGGAAGCAUAUACAGAACAGGCCAGAGGACUUCUAGAUGGUGGAGUAGAUAUCAUGUUAGUUGAAACCGUAUUUGAUACAGCCAAUGCCAAGGCAGCUCUGUUUGCUCUCCAGAAAUUGUUUGAGGAAGAAUAUUAUCCAAGACCAAUAUUUGUAUCGGGAACCAUUGUUGACAAAAGUGGUCGUACUCUCUCUGGCCAGACUGGGGAAGCGUUCGUCAUCAGUGUAUCUCACAGUGAGCCACUUUGCAUUGGAUUAAACUGUGCUUUGGGAGCAAUGGAAAUGAGGCCUUUCAUUGAAACUAUUGGGAAAUGCACAACUGCCUACAUAAUUUGCUAUCCCAAUGCAGGUCUUCCUAAUACCUUUGGUGGUUAUGAUGAAACUCCUGAAGUAACAGCCAAGCACCUAAAGGAAUUUGCCUUAGAUGGUUUGGUGAACAUAGUUGGUGGCUGCUGUGGGACCACACCAGCACACAUCCGGAAGAUAGCAGAAGCAGUAAAAACAUGCAAACCUCGCAUUCCUGCCUCCUCUGUGUCUGAAGGAUGUAUGUUGCUGUCAGGUCUGGAACCAUUCAGAAUUGGACAAUACACCAACUUUGUUAAUAUUGGUGAACGCUGUAAUGUUGCAGGAUCAAGAAAGUUUGCCAAACUCAUAAUGGCAGGCAAUUAUGAAGAAGCACUGAGUGUUGCUAAGGCCCAGGUUGAGAUGGGGGCUCAAGUUUUGGAUAUAAAUAUGGAUGAUGGAAUGCUAGAUGGACCAAACGCUAUGACUAGAUUCUGCAACUUCAUUGCGUCGGAGCCUGACAUUGCCCAGGUGCCACUCUGUAUCGAUUCAUCAAAUUUCUCAGUGAUAGAGGCUGGAUUGAAAUGUUGUCAAGGCAAAUGCAUAGUGAAUAGCAUCAGUCUGAAAGAAGGUGAAAAUGACUUCUUGGCAAAAGCAAGACAGAUUAAAAAAUAUGGAGCAGCUGUGGUAGUUAUGGCCUUCGAUGAGGUUGGUCAGGCCACAGAAACUGACGAAAAAUAUUUGAUCUGCUGCAGAGCCUACCACCUUCUGGUGAACAAAGUGGGCUUCAAUCCAAAUGAUAUCAUUUUUGAUCCCAACAUUCUGACCAUUGGUACUGGAAUGGAAGAACAUAAUUUAUAUGCUGUUAACUUUAUCAAUGCAACUAAAAUCAUAAAAGAAACACUACCCGGUGUCAAAAUAAGUGGUGGUCUUUCCAAUCUGUCCUUUUCGUUCCGAGGAAUGGAGGCUAUUCGAGAAGCAAUGCAUGGGGUGUUUCUUUACCAUGCAAUUAAGUCUGGAAUGGACAUGGGAAUAGUGAAUGCAGGAAACCUGCCAGUGUAUGAUGAUAUCCAUAAGGAGCUUUUGCAGUUAUGUGAAGAUUUGAUUUGGAAUAAAGAUCCAGAUGCAACAGAAAAGCUUUUACGUUAUGCUCAGACCCAUGCUCAAGGAGGAAAGAAAGUGGUGCAGGCUGACGAAUGGCGAGAUGGCUCUGUAGAGGAGAGACUGCAGUAUGGACUCGUCAAGGGCAUUGAGAAAUAUGUAGUUGAAGACACAGAAGAAGCCAGAUUGAACAAAAACAAGUAUCCCAGACCUCUUAAAGUAAUUGAGGGGCCUUUGAUGAAUGGCAUGAAAAUAGUUGGUGAUCUUUUUGGGGCUGGCAAGAUGUUUCUGCCUCAGGUGAUUAAGUCUGCUCGAGUUAUGAAGAAGGCAGUUGGUCAUCUCAUUCCCUUCAUGGAACAGGAAAGAGAGGAAAUGCGUGCAUUGUCAGGAAGCAGAGAAGACGAUAACCCUUAUAAUGGCACAAUAGUGCUGGCGACAGUGAAAGGUGAUGUACAUGACAUUGGCAAGAAUAUAGUGGGAGUUGUUCUGGGCUGCAAUAAUUUCAGAGUUAUUGAUUUAGGUGUCAUGACUCCAUGUGACAAGAUACUCAGAGCAGCUCUGGAAAAUAAAGCAGAUUUUAUUGGCCUAUCUGGUCUCAUCACACCCUCUUUGGAUGAAAUGAUAUUCGUUGCUAAGGAAAUGGAGAGAUUAGAAAUAAAGAUUCCAUUGCUGAUUGGAGGAGCCACUACUUCUAAAACACACACAGCAGUAAAAAUUGCACCACGAUACAGCGCUCCUGUCAUUCACGUCCUGGAUGCUUCUAAGAGUGUGGUAGUUUGCUCUCAGCUUUUAGAUGUGAAUCUAAAGGAUGACUUUUUUGAAGAAAUACUAGAAGAAUAUGAAGAUAUUAGACAGGACCACUACGAUGCUCUCAAGGAAAGGAGAUACUUGUCCUUACAGCAAGCAAGAAGCAAGAGCUUCUCUUAUAAUUGGGUAGCACAGCCUAAACAAGUUAAACCACAAUUCAUUGGCACUAAAGUUUUUGAAGAUUAUGACUUGCAGAAGCUGGUGGAGUAUAUUGACUGGAAGCCAUUUUUUGAUGUUUGGCAGCUUAGAGGCAAAUACCCAAACCGGGGAUUUCCUAAAAUCUUUAAAGAUAAAGCAGUAGGGGAAGAGGCAAAAAAGGUCUAUAAUGAUGCUCAAAGCUUGUUGAAAACUUUGAUUGCACAAAAGAAACUUAAAGCCAAGGGUCUUGUUGGAUUUUGGCCAGCUCGGAGUAUUCAAGAUGAUAUUUAUUUAUAUGCGGAUGAGGAAAUGCAGUCUCCAGAACCAAUAGCUAAAUUCCAUGGCUUAAGGCAGCAGGCUGAGAAAGACCCUGCCGAUACAGAUCCCUAUUACUGCCUGUCGGACUUUAUAGCCCCUCUGGAAUCCGGAGUUAAUGAUUAUCUGGGUCUGUUUGCUGUGGCAUGUUUUGGAGUAGAUAAGUUGUGCAAGGAGUAUGAGGAACAAUGUGAUGAUUACAAUAUCAUAAUGGUGAAAGCACUGGCAGACCGCUUGGCAGAGGCAUUUGCAGAGGAACUCCAUGAAAGGGCUCGAAAAGAAUUCUGGGCUUACUGUGGAAAUGAACAACUGGAUUUUUCAGAAUUACGUAGAAUCAGAUAUGAGGGAAUCCGUCCAGCUCCUGGUUAUCCUUGUCAGCCUGACCACACAGAAAAACUCACUAUGUGGAGACUGGCUAAUAUUGAAGAUGAAACAGGUAUUCAGCUGACUGAAUCCUUAGCUAUGAUGCCUGCUUCUGCAGUGUCUGGUCUCUACUUUUCUAAUCCUGAAUCCAAAUACUUUGCUGUUGGGAAAAUACUGAAAGAUCAGGUGGAAGAUUAUGCCUUAAGGAAAAAUGUUGCAGUGGCAGAGGUUGAAAAAUGGCUGGGACCCAUUCUCGGAUAUGAUCCAGAAUAACUGUGCAUGUAAGAGGUGGGAAGGAACUAGGCAAAAUGAGGGCUGGAGUUCAGCAGACAACUCCAUGUGGCAGCCACUUGAAAAUGAUUGCUCAUGUUGGCCAUCCCCACCAUGACAAGCAUUUAUGGACAUGCCCCAGCAAACCUGAAAUAAAAAUGCUGACAGUAGAAGAAAUCUUCAGAAUUUGGCUACCAUGAGAAAUUAUUUAAAAUGAUUUCAAUGUAACUAUUUCAUGUGCACAUAGAUAUUCUUGUAGGUCAGUGAGAACAAAUGUAUCACUUUGAGUCCUCAUUGGAAAACCCUCCUGGUUGGUUUUAGAGCUUUGAUUACGGAGACGAUUAUGCAUAAAAUAUUAUCCCUCUCUUGUUAAAUAUUUCAGCACAAUAGUUUUAUAUUUAAAUAUGUCCUUAGUGCAGUGCUAAUGAAAUGGUACACUGAAACCCAUACCCGUAAUUAUGUCCUUGUUAUUUUAUUGUAACUGAGUUGAGUUCAGUUUGUAACUAUUACGAAUUAGAUGGACUGGACACACACAUCCAUCCCAAAGAACUGAUCUUUAAUUGGAUUGUGCCAGUGUGUUCAAAGAUAAAUGCUACAGAAUCAGAAAACAAUGUAAUGGGGACAUCAAGUGCCUUGGUUCUGUAUUCAGGCACCAUCUUCUUAAACAGACUUCCUGCUUGCUCAUUCUUGCUCGGCUCUUUGCUCUUGUUAAGGACUCAGAAAAAUGACAACCUCCUCAUGGUUUUCCUGAUCUUUUCCUGUGAGAUAAUGUGUAUGUCCUAUUCUUUGUUCCUGUAGAAGAGUGCUCUGUUGCUUAUGGAACACACCAAUAACUGCCAGGCUAUUGGGUGACACAUUGUUUUACUUUUUAAGGCUGGGAGUCAGACUAGCUGCUUACAUUGGGAUAAUAAUACAGUUCUGUAACCUCUAGGAGGUUUUCGCAUCCACUUCUGAUGAUUGUCUGGAUUUCUCUCACUGGAGUCCAUGUCUGUUCUAGUUUGAAGGUUAUGUUUAGGUAAGUUCUCCAUAGAAUCUAGGUAAAUAAAUUCACAUAGCCAUAAGGAAACAUUCAAUAGGAAUAUUUCUUUUCUCCAGGACCAAUAAAUUAAAAGGUUAAAAAUUGGGCAACAUUAAUAAUUCUCCAGAUAUCUGGUUAAUCCAUUUAUGAACUGAGAAAGGGUUAUUAGAUCCAAUGGAAAAGCUCAUAGCAGAGCAGAUCUUUCCCUUCCUUUCCCCAGGAAGCCUGGUUUUUCUUGUGAAGAUCCUCUCUGCUGGCAGCAUACCUUAGCAGAGGGGGAUGAUUGUUGCUGCAGCACACUGUACUGCACCAUAUUUUAUACAUGAGGCUCUCCCAAUCCUCAGAGUAUUUUCUGGACAGACAGCAGACUGUGUUUAGGAUAGAAGAUAGAUGAUGAUUAGGAAAAGAGCAGCUCCAUCAAUUCUGUCCACAAGCUUUUCUGCUGGAUCCAAACAAAAAGUCCAGUGACACUUCUUGUAACCAUUUUUGAUAUGUUUGUUUAAUCCACACAUCAUCUGUUCUUCUGGGGCCACAUUGCCAAGUGAAUAGCUUCUUUAAGUAAUGUCUUAGCAACAUUAUAUUCUAAACAGUCAUCUGACGGCCCUUUUUGCAUUACAUAAGCACUUUGGAAGCUAUUGCAGCAUAGCACCUUCCUUGCCACACAGGUAACUAGAAGCCAUGGACCACAUGGAGAGAAGUCCAUAUAAUGCAUCUCUUUUCAUGCCAGUGCUGCUUCCAGUUCUAGGAGAGGUGACAUUGGCUGUAUUUUUGGAUUUCUCCUGGUCUUCUGAUGUUACCUGAAUAGUUUUUGUGCCAGAAGGUAAUAGCAGCUCCCACACUACUUGAGUAAUGUUUGAAGCGGGAAACCCCUUCACUGCCUAUUUAUAACUUGAUGUGGGGGUGGUGAGGGGAUGUUAAGAUUAGAGGACCAGAGAAGGAGCAUAUGGGAGUGACUGGCAAGACGAACAUAGUAGUGAAAGCUCUGGAAAAGUCAUCACCCAACUUGAACAGGGAAGAAAAAGAGGGCUGUUCCAUUUGACAGGAGAUUGAAGCAAAGGAGGGUAAUAUGCACAUAUAAACAAUGAAUAGAAAUCUGCAUAGUGUCUUCUUGAAGGAUAAUCUCCUGUUCCCAGGUGGCAAAUCCGGUUGCCCUCUGGAUUAGCAAAGCUACCCUAGGAUGCUAUGUUUCUGUGGUGCAAUUUGCUCACAGCUGAUUAUUUAACAAAUACACAAAAUUACCUGUACAGAAUAUUAUAGACCCUGACAGAGCAGUAGACCUUCUGAUAAAUGUAAAUGUUAAGUAAAUUGAUGCCACUUUCAAAUACAUUCAUAAUCAGCCUGAGAUUUAUGUAAAGGUCACCAUAUUCUUCAAUUUUUUUGUAUUUUACAUGGAGAUUCAGAUUGGAACUCAAAAUUUGUCAUUAAAUUUGGUUUGGUAAAGUAACAUUA